AUGUCAUCAUUUAGCGUUGAAGACAACGAGAUAGAGCUCUUGGAGUCCCACAAUGUGGGUGAUGACGACAUUGAACUCGUCGCAGAAUUUGCACCCAAUUUUCUCGGCGUAAAUGGCUUUCAUCAACAGAAUAAUCACUAUGGCUAUGGCGCCGUUGCACAUGGACCCGAAGAGGAAUUGCUCGAAGACCAUGAGACGAUAUCGUUUGAUCUGCUGCCGGUGUGUUUUGCUACAAGCAGAGUCGGCUCACUUUGGGCAAUUGUCUAUUAUACAGCUCAGUUCUUGUACACCUCCUUAGGACCGAUGAUUAUUUACGUGUCUUUCAUCUAUCAGUCUUUCGUCGAUGACGUACCAACCGUCCAAAAUUUUGCUUCACUUUUCUUUGCCUUAAUCGUCACCGUAUUUGCCGCGCCAUCAGUCUUGCUCUACAUGCCGUUGGGUACGAAGAUUACCACAUUGUUCCGCUACACGUCGCAAUCGUCAAUCGUUCAAAUAUUGUGCUAUAUCGUCAUCUAUUUUGUAUACGGUUGGCAAACUAUCGAAUCUGACAUUUUGACGACGACUGAUUUGAGUACUGUGUCUCUUCUACAGUACCUUAUACGUCCCACCAGUCCUAUAUACACUGUGCUGUUGUUCACUCUUGUCCCUGCUUUGCUAUGUACCAAGUUCACCGCUGUAUUCGAUUACUUCUCGUGGCAACACGUCCUAAACAUAAUCGAUGCCAGCGAACCAUGCUUCAUCCUGGACCACUCUUGCCCCGGAGAGGCUCAUUGGUUACGGUGA